AGUAGUGUGUGUUUUCGUUAAGGCGGCUUUUUCUUCGCCCUUCUUUUGCUUUUAAAAAGUAAAACCAAGCCAAGCCAACCCAAACACCUCCAUUCUCUUUCCCCUUCUUUUAUCUCUCUAUUUAUUCAGAAUCUCUCUCUCUCUUCUCUCUCUAUAGAAAACAUCGUUCAAGUCUGCCUGCAACCGAGACCAAACUUCGCCAUUGUUCAUCUCGUCUGUUAGUACUUAAUUACGUGAUCUAAACUAAAUUUCGUAUCAUGACGAGGGUAGGCCGUGAUUUUGCUGAUUCAAUGAAAAAGGAGGCAGUUCCUCCAGUCUCAGCAGAUGUGAUAUUUGCUACUAGCCGGUUUCCAACUUAUAAAAUUGGUGCUAACAACCAGAUUGUGGAGGUGGAGGAUCCCAAAGUGUUAGCCAUGAAGGAGGUCAUUGCUCGAGAAACUGCCCAGUUGCUGGAACAGCAGAAACGUCUCUCUGUUCGCGACCUUGCCAGUAAAUUUGAGAAGGGUUUGGCUGCAGCAGCUAAGUUGUCUGAUGAGGCUAGACUCAGGGACGCCGCUUCUUUGGAGAAACACGUACUUCUAAAGAAGCUUAGAGAUGCACUGGAAGCCUUAAGAGGCCGUGUGGCUGGUAAAAAUAAGGAUGAUGUAGAAGAAGCUAUUGCUAUGGUUGAAGCUUUAGCAGUUCAGUUGACUCAUAGGGAAGGAGAGCUAAUUCAAGAGAAGGCAGAAGUGAAAAGACUCGCCAAUUUUCUUAAGCAGGCUUCAGAAGAUGCUAAGAAACAUGUUGAUGAAGAAAGAGCUUUUGCUCGGGCAGAAAUUGAGAAUGCCAGGGCAGCAGUUCAAAGAGUGGAAGUGGCGCUUCAGGAACAAGAACAUAUGUCCCGCGCUUCAGGGAAACAGGAUUUGGAAGAAUUGAUGAAGGAGGUUCAAGAGGCUAGACGCAUCAAAAUGUUGCAUCAGCCUAGCAAGGUUAUGGACAUGGAGCAUGAGCUUCAAGCAUUGAGACUUCAGCUUGCUGAGAAAUCUAAACAUUCUCUUCUGCUUCAGAAAGAGCUGGCAAAGAGCAGGAGGGGUGAGGAAAACUUGGCUCACUCAUAUGAAUUAGAUGGUUCUGAAGCUUUGGGUUCAUAUUUAAGGAUUCAACCUUGCUCUGAUAGUGCUCCAGAACUUUCGGGAUGUUCAAUUCAAUGGUAUCGUUUGGCAGCUGAAGGUGGCAAAAAGGAUCUUAUUUCA